CGUUUUGUGCUCAUAUUUGACAUUUUAUUUUAGGUUGAUAUAAAGCAAUUGGUUGCCAUGACAAUGAAUUGAUUGUCCUCCGUUAGAACAUUUUUGAACGAGGAGUGUCGCGCUCUCUCUCUCUCUCUCUCUCUCUCUCUCUCUCCCUCUCCCUCCCUCCCUCCUCCCCUCGUGCACACCGGCUCGCGGACACCCACCCAGCCAGUGAGCGUUAGUGCGACGGGUCCGGCUGCAGCAGCGGGAACAAACGGAGCCCGGAGCAGCUGACUGCCUGUGUGUGUGUGUGUGUGUGUGUGUGUGUGUGUGUGUUUUAUUCCUUUUAAUUCUUUAGGGGGGGUCGGGGAGCUGUGUGCUCCGCUCAGACACGCCGCAGCAGAAGAGGAGGUAAUGGGACGCCGGGGCUCGCGUCGGGCACGUUGAGGGCGCCUCCGAACGGGUUCUCCAAGUCGCGUUUUGAGGGUUUUUUUUAUUUUUAUUGGAACGUCCCGGAUCAGGGUCACGCUCCUGCCCCGCGUGCACGAUGGGCUGCUGCAGCGGGCGAUGCACGCUCAUCUUCAUCUGCACCUUACAGCUGGUGCUGGCCUUGGAGAGGCAGGUCUUUGACUUCCUGGGUUACCAGUGGGCCCCGAUCCUCGCCAACUUCUUCCACAUCAUCGCGGUCAUCCUGGGCCUCUUCGGCACCAUUCAGUACCGGCCGCGCUACAUUGUGGCGUACACGGUAUGGGCCGCUCUGUGGGUCGCCUGGAACGUCUUCAUCAUCUGCUUCUACCUGGACGUGGGAGGCCUGUCCAAGGACAGCGACCUGCUGACAUUCAACAUCUCCGCCCAUCACUCUUGGUGGAGCGAGCACGGGCCGGGCUGCGUGCGGGGGGAGAUGCCUCAGGCGGCGGGGGGCCGCACCACGGAGAGCCACUCCUACAUCACGGUCAUGGGCUGCUUCAUGGACUACCAGUACAUCGAGGUCCUGCACAGCGCCGCGCAGAUCCUCGUGGCUCUCCUGGGCUUCGUGUACGGCUGCUACGUUGUCAGCGCCAUCACCGAGGAGGAGGACAGCUUUGAUUUUAUUGGUGGAUUUGAACCGUUCCCUCUCUACCAUGUCAAUGAGAAACCAUCUCACCUCCUCCUGAGGCCCGUGUGCCCGUAAGUAUGCGUGUGUCCGUGUCUCCACGUGUGUUUCAUAUGUUCAUGUGAGCGACAGUGAAUACAAGCGUCGCCUCUGUGACGUCUUAUCAACGCAAUCCUGACACACGGUUAAAGCAAAUACAAAUUGUGUUAUAUUAUUAGUUGUGUUUCUUUUACUAUUACCGUUACAUUUAAUCAUUAUUUUUGCUUCUGCUGCUGUUAAAUUUAUCAUGUAAAUGGUACAAACUGAGCAUCUAUUCCCGCUUCUGUCCUCGGAUUCUUCUCCAGUUGCCCGUUGAAGGUUGUGAGAUGUAAAACAUUGGGCUAAAUAGAUUUUUUUUUUUUUUUUUUUUAUUAAUUAGAUUUUUGCCGAUAUCACCCCAAUAUGUUUUCAAUGCUGCGCUGGCUCGUUCCAGUAUUUUUCCCAGAAUGCAAGCUGUUUUAAAAAACGAAGGCGAACCAGAAGCGAGACGCUUGGUCCUUCGGCAUCCGGAGCCUCGGGUCACGUCUGGGGCGUGAACGGCUCUCUGCAACGUGCUCCGUCCUGUCGGAGGGCCGUGUGGGGGGGGAUAGAGGCCCCCCGUGACACAGUGUGUGUGUGUGUGUGUGUGUGUGUGUGUGUGUGUGUGUGUGUGACAGGAAGCACAUGGAGAAGAACCUGUCAAAUAGGAUUUAUCAAUUAGUCGUGCAGAGAAGUUAAAAGCAAUAAUUCUGGUGGGGAGUCGUGUCGUAACUCUCUGCCAAUAUAAAUAGAAUAUUAUAUUAUCUUCUUCGCAGUUUAAUCAGCUCCGACUCUAAUGGGGGGG